CCCCGUCCUCGUCUCUUUCGUUGGAUUAGACCAGCGAGCGAACUUGAGUGUGAGAGAGAGCUCACCGUCGGCUAUCCUCCCCAAGCAUGCUAGCGUGAGUGAGAGAUAGAUAGUGGCUUUCCAUUCGUGCUGGAGGAACUGGAGGAAUGGUUGCCUUAUAGUAAAAGUAGUGGUGAACAUUCUUGUUCAAUUCUUACUUAGAUUUUCCAAAGUGGUGUGCUACAAAAUUUUACCCAUCAUUGUGAGGUAUCACGGUUGCAAAUUUUUUGGGUUGGCAUUAAGUGAGGAGAGGUGCUGUCAGGUCUUUGUCUAUCCGAGACACGACCAACAACCUCGAGAGGGCUGUGCAAGUAGAACCGACGAGGCUUCUAUCAUCUCCAUCUUCGAAACCGAAUUUUCUGGUUCUUCCAGCGGCAGCAGCAGAAACAGCAGCCGGCCAAGUGGACUAUAUAUCAGCAGUGGCAGCUAACAUCUAGCCCUGGUAAAUCGUGUGAUUAAGCAACAGCAGAAAUAGCAGCAGCCACAACAGCACUUCGAGCGAGCAGUGUCUCUUGCAGCACUACCACCCCCAGCAGCAACAGCAGCAACAGCAGUCGCACUUACUUCAAAGUCCUGAGCCCCUGAGCAGCGCCAAGAAGUACGAAAGGUUAACUAACCUUCAGUACUCUAAACUUCCGUGUGAUCGACUUCUUCAAUUUCUUUCAUUCCUCCAAAGAAAUCCAACGUCCUCAACCAUGGCCAACUCGAAUGCCAAAUCCAAUGACACAAAACCAGAGGCUCCACAGCAAUUCCAAUUCGCACAGAAGCCAGUGGAAAGACCUGGUUGGGAAGGAUUCACACAUUUUCUAUGGAAUAGUGAAACCAGCGAGUUUCUGGGAAGAACUGGCUGCAGUUGGUUCAAAAUUGGCCUCUUCUAUCUGAUAUACUACACAUUUCUGGCAGGAUACUUCAUAGCCAUGCUGCUCAUCUUCUACCAGACGCUCGAUGAUCAGCAGCCCAAAUGGCAAAACGCAAAUGGGAUCAUUGGAGACAAUCCAGGAUUGGGAUUCCGACCAAGGCCCGGAGAGAACAACGUGGAAAGCACUCUGAUGAAGUUUCGACAUGGAGAUCCAAGAAUAGCUGAUUGGGAUCUGUGGGCAGAGAGAUUGGACUUGUACAUGGAAGAUUACAAACGUGCCAGUGACAACAAAAAGCCCUCUCCUGAUGCGAUUCAGUGCGGGUUCGACAGACCCCCAGGCGAGGGUCAAAUCUGCCAAGUGGAAUCUUCCAACUUGAUGAAGGAUAACUGUACGAAAGACGCUUCGUACGGGUAUAAGGACGGGAAACCAUGUGUUCUGCUCAAGUUGAACAGGAUCUAUGGCUGGGUUCCGGAGCUCUUUGCCAACUCCUCUGACCUGCCUGAAGAGGCUCCACAGAGUCUGAUCACAUAUAUCAAGGAGAAGGAGAAGAGCAAUGACCCCAUGGUGGGCAACAUGGUGUGGCUGUCCUGCGAGGGUGAGAAUCCCGCGGAUCGCGAAAAUAUUGGCGAGAUUGAGUACAAGCCCUAUCCUGGAAUCCCCAAGUAUUACUUCCCUUACAAAAAUCAAAAGGGAUACUUGAGUCCAGCCAUUUUCGCUCACUUCACAAAUCCUAAGCAUGGUGUUCUCAUUUCAAUCAGUUGUCGCGCAUGGGCCAAGAACAUCAGGUUUGAUUACAUGGAACGCAUUGGAUCGGUUCACUUCGAGAUGAUGAUUGACUAGAUCUAGAGUCCCUCAGUCUCUAGUCUCAUCAUAUGAACCUCCGCCUCUAAACCACCCAAAACAACAACAACAGUAGUAGCAACAAUAACAACAACAGCAACAUUAGCAACACAGGGGCAUAUCGAGGAGCCUCUACCAAUGCCCGCAAUUUCUCUCAAAAAGCAGUGCCAGUAGUGACCAGAAGACAUUUUUCGAUCCGUAAGGAAAAGUCAAUCUUCAAGUCAUUGCACAAGAGAUGAAAGAUCUUCUUCUUCCGAGCUCUUUCUCUCUUCCAUUCUCACUGUCUUGGCGAAUCUUGAUUAGAGUGACAGAACUUGUCAUCGGCAAGAGCUACAUCACCAGCACCAGCAGCAGCAGCAGCAGCAACAAAAACAACAGCAACAACUACAACAACAGCUACAGCUAAAAAGCGACUUGUUCAAAUCAACCUCCCACCCCUCAAAAAAAAGACUUUCCGCAGUCAGUGCCUCUAGACUCAGCUUCAAGCCUAAGAGCGCACACUAAUUAUUAUGAAUAUUGAUCUUAUUAUACACACUCCACUUCUGCCGACCUGUUUCUUGUGUGCACAGUUCACUGUAAAAAGAGUCAUCGAACUACUGAAGCCAAGAAGCAAACCAAAUUUCUCUCUCUUCCUCUGUCACAAACUGUCUCUUUCCUUUUUCCUCUCUCUCUUUCUCUCUCUCUCUCUCUCUCUCUCUCUCCUAUUCGCAUUCCCAGGAAACGCAUUAACGAGUUGGUUCUAGUUCUUACUUUCAUCGUCGUCCCACGCACUCUAAUGUUCUUGGAACAGCCCUCGUCUACAGUGAUCAACUCACCUGCGAAUCAUAGAAAACCAUUCCAAUCAUCCGCCACUUCUAUUGAAGUGUAGGGCUUGAUUUCGCCUAAAACAUGACUAUGAAAGAAGCGAGUAACAAGUCAAAAUGUACAUCCAUCCCCACAGCUCCAGUCCCCUCAGAGGCUCCGAUUGAUCUGUGCAUGUCCCUUGCGCUCUGUCCUUUCAAGCUAAUUCCUCAUUUUCUUUCAACUUUCCUGCUGACUACUCUCUACCAGCCACAUUUCUUUUGAGGCGUGAUGUCUGCAUUGUAUGAUAGCCCGAAUUCUCGAAACAGAAUUCGACCGUAUGAAUAAUGGUACUCCUUCUUCUACGAUUACUACUUCCACCCCAAUCCCAACAGCAACAACCGCAACUAAGUCCAAAAGAUCGAGUGAGUGCCUGCUGAUGUUGCGAGUGUUCCCGCCAAUCCUCUUAAAUCCCAAUUCCCAAACCCUAAAGUCCAACCCGCCAUUCCCACCAUUCCCGCCAAGAAUCAAUCUGAACAUACGUACGUUUAUCAUUCAUGUUGCAAUAAGAUGAAGAUGAAAAAAAGGAGAAGACGAAUGGUCCAUCAUCGCAUUCUGUGGAAACAAACGUGCAAAUGAUAGAUUGACCCUAACGAUAAGCGUUUGAGUGCGUGUGUGAGUUGGUGAGUGCGUCCGUUAGGUGUGCUACUGGUGUUGUGCCCCGACUUUCUAUUGUGUCCUAACGGUGCUGCUUUUCAGAAGCAAUUCAGAAAUCCUAAUCACGUCGACGACAUGUUUGACAUUCGCGAUGACAAUUCAAGAGGUUGAUUUGGAAAUCGAACAACAUCCAUGAUCAGCAAUGAUGACGACGAUAAUAUCCCUCUCAAAAGGUGUCACACAAGAGAAGCUAUCUAUACAUAUAUAUUUAUCGAGUUUAGACCUUUUUUAAAAGCUCUGGAGCUUGAAGUCUUGGAGAAGCCACGCGUAUUUGACUGACUGAGCGAUUGAUUGGCUGAUUGAACGCACGUAUGAAUGGCUGAAUUGAGGAGAUGGAAAGGAUCCGCCUGCCUCUCAUACUCCUACUAAUACUAUUAUUAUCAUUAUUAUUAUUAUUACUACUACUACUACUACUGCUACUACUUCUACUUCUACUAUACUCCUACAACUAUAACUACUACUGCUACAACAACAAGUACUACUACUACUACUACUACUAUUACAAUUGCUACUAUCAAUGCUGCUCCAAUAUAUAAAUAUGAUGAACAACACAUACACCACCAUCCACAUAAAUACACACACAUACAUAUACAUACGCAUACAAACAACCAAGCCAACACAAAUUUAUUCCUACCAACCUUGUGUCCCCACUUCAUCUCCAUCCUUCUUUCCUAGCCUUAUCUCUUCUUUUUCCUCUUUGUCAUCCCCUUUGAUUCAAACCUGAAAGAGCCGCAAAUAUUUACCUGUUGAGUUUCUCCCCCCACCCCCCCCACCCACACGGUUCAAUCAUGUUGUCCCUUUGGCCCCAAAAGAGCGUGUAACACUAAUGCAAGUGACUUUCCAUGAACACUGCCUUCUUGUAAGAAUAACAGUCGUCUACCACAUCAAGAAACCUGUGUGUGCGAAUAACUGUCCCAAACCACCAAGUUUCCACGUCACACCCACAAGCAGACUAUUUACCCUCUCCAAGCAACCCUCAACCCCCCUAUCCGACCGAUUCACCUGGACCGACGACCCUGCCCAACCCGCCUCCCUUGUAAACAUAGUUGUAAAUUCUGUUCACAUCGUGUCCUUGAUUUGUUUUUCAACAUGGAGUUACUGUUAUCCGCCAGUCCAUGAUGCUUACUUCAUCCCCCUUUCAAGCAACUCCUUCAACUCCUCCACGAAAGAAAACAAGAAAAAAAACCAGUCAAAGAAUUGCGACAUCAAGAUCUCUUGAAAGUGAGACGGUUCACUCCAUCCACUGAGUGACACUCGCCAAUAUAAAGAGCAACUUUGAGAAACAGAAAGACAACAAAACAGUGACUAAUCAUGAGUUCGUAAGUGUCCAUUCCAUUCAAGCGACGAAGGCCCUGAAAAGGCUUUCUCGUUGUGCACUCGGGAUGGCCGAGGCUCGUGAAAGAACAUUAUAUAUAUCCAAGGUGUUAGUCAAAAUUAGUAGAAGAACUCUGCGGCAAGCUUAUGCACUCUUGUAGUUUUGGGCAUGUAUGACUAUGUGAUUAAGGAAUAAAAGGAAUAGUUACACAAGAUAAA